AUGUCUUCCACCCUCCCGUUCCUCGACCAGUUCAACGCCCCUUCAACCAAAGGCGGAAAGAGGAUCUCAAUCUACACCCCUAAGCACACCCACGUCGGCGACAGCGCUUUGCUGACGCUACUCCUCAGUGACCCCACCGACGUCUUCAAUAAACUCAAAACCCACAACCCCGAGGCAACCAAUGCCACCGACCGCGCUGCACUAGAAGUGUACCUCUCCGCCCGCCAUGAAUACGACAAGGCUGUCAAGGCAGCCGACGAGGCCAUCGACCACCACAAACGACUCCUACGUCAACAGGACAACCGUGUCCUCACCGAGCUCAUUCGACUCGACAACCUGAAAGUUGCCCAUCGCCUUCAACCGCUCCUACCAUGCAGCAUUCGGGCACAACACAACAAAUUCAUCCCACGCGCCAUCCCCAACGCGUACCUACCCCUACCCGCACCCCUACCGACGUCUGCCUUCAGGCGUCCCCCGAUUCCAUCCCCUUUCCUCCAAGCAACGCCGCGAAGCACUACCAUUCUGGCUGACUGGCAACCCAACCCUGGGUGGACCCUGAAGGGAAGUUGCAGGCGAUGUGGAUCGUCUCGACACUGGGGAAUCAUCAAUGAGGCGAAGGAGAGGAAGGAAAGAGAGAGGAAGACAAAGGCGGUACCCAUCCCUCCACCGCGUAGCGCUAACCCCGAACCUCCGGCCAGCCCCGUCGCGGGACCCUCGCGUCCCCACCCCGAUACACCUGUCGUCUUUCGCAAAGUCGAUCCCGACUGGACACCCGACACCACUCAAUGGACGUGGGACAGCUCCUGGCCGUGUCAAAAGCACCUCUCUGGUGAGGAAUGGAAGAACUUGGGGAGAAACAUGCGCAACAAGUGGUUCGACGAAGAGGAGGAUGACGGCGUAGACUGGGAGUUGUAUGGAGAUGGUGAGCAUCGGUGGAACCCUAAGUUCGACCUGGUUAUUCAUUCAAGUCUCUGCUCCUCCUCGCUUGGGGUAGUGGUCAUUCUCGACUUCCUCGCUCGAUCUUCAGGACAACGCACUGUCCAUAAGCCCUCGCUCGUCGUCUACGAGUCAGGCAUCACUAUAGGAGCAAAGCAGCUUAUUGCUGACCAACAAGCUGUGAGCCUACAGCAUCUUGCCGAGUUGGAAAAUCACUUGGAAGAGGAGCAUAGUCAAGCCGCGACAUUCAGCUUCUCCCCAUCUCACGUUGAGUGUGCUGGUGGUGGUGGGCAUGCAAAUAUUUUGGACAGUGCUGUCAAACAUCAUAGUAAGGAUCAAGGAGGUGUCGGCAAACCUAAACAGGUUCAUGCUUCGAAAGCUCCCACGCUGAAGAUGCCUGCUAAGGCCGCACUGCAGUCCACCACAUUCAAGACAGCCAAGAAGUCACGAACAACGCAAGCAGACAUUGAUGCUCACUGCAAAAGUCUACUGAACGCAGAUCUCAAUGACAAGCCUAUUGUCUUGGUUUCUGGCAAGUGCAAGUCCUCGAAAGACUCAUCAGUUCCCAAAGUGGUAAAGAAAGCAAGGGCUGCCAAUCCCUCUGGGUUGCUAGCUGGGUGGACUCAGCAUGACAGUUCUGUGUCCUCUGGUAACAGCAGGAACACAGUUCAAACACCUCACACAUGUGUCACUACCACCCCUGGCCAUGACGGUCAUGGAUGUAUGAGACUAUGGUGGGGUGUCGUUGCAAUCAAGCAAGAAGAUCCAGCAAUCAUGAUCAAGACUGAGCUCACCACUUCACAUCCUUCCAUCACUGGUGAGGCAGGCAGUGGUGCGAAUGGCGGGUUCGUGAAAGUUGAUCUUCCUGCUGGUGCCAAACCGUGCUGGAGCAAGGAGUACAUUCCGAUGGUCCUUGAUUACAUAGGAACAUUACCGAACCCCUGGGACAUUGCAGCCAUCAAUCUCAUUAAGGUGUUCCAACAGAUCUGGGACUUGGUUUUUUCUGACAUUCUAUACCUGGUCAAUGAUAAGGGUGCUGUCUACACUUUAGCACAGCAGAAGAUCUAUGACUGGCGCAGUGGCUUCGCCAAGUCAGCUGCCGAUCACGUUGCUCGCUUUUUCCAGCUCGACAUUCCGGAAGAACUGAAGAGGAGAAGGCUCGAAAACACAGCCGAAGGCCAUGCGACCUACAUUGCACAGCAAAUUGCCGGCAACUACCUCUUUCUAUAUGGUGAUGUGAAGGUCUCUUGGAACAAACCAUUCCAGUCCCAACUUGUCCUUGCAACACUUGCAUACCACAUGGAUGCCACAGCAGGGGCAAUCUUGUACAUUGAGGCCACCCCCAGAGGUGCUCUCGCAAUGUCAACUGUUGCAGUCGAGCGCGCAAUCGGCAUGUACACUACCGGCGCCUACAUAACACCAAGGGAGAAGUUUGUGGAACAGAUAUGGAGCUGUGUUCUCAACUUAUACAAGAUCUCGAUUGAGACCUUGAUGCCGGGGACAUGGGACGUGAUUGUUGAUUCUGCAAAUGGCCUCACCGCUCUUGAUCGCAAUCUCCCUAACCUCAAUGAAGCUGCAGGACCAGUGGAUGGACCUCUAGCAUCUGAGGCCAGGUCGAUGGUGCAGCUCUGCUGUACCCCAUCCAAAGCGAUCAUUUCCCAGGCCACUCACUUUGAUGCCGACUGGCCUACGAGGUCAUCCCAGACUGCUGAAUGCUGCAGCACCAAUCUCAACCACCAUGCUGCAUAA